AUGACUCCCGCCCAAAAUUUCGCGCGCCCCUCCGUUCUUCAUUCCACCAUCCACUCCGAGUUCCUUCCCUGCAACGCAGACAACAUGGCGGAUCAGAACACUGUCAAGGAGGCCGAGGUCUCCAUGGCCAACCUCCAACUCGAUUCGGUUACCGGCGAGAUGGUCUCCAAGUCGGAGCUGAAGAAGCGUCUGAAGCUGCGCGAGAGGGAGGCCAAGAAGAAGGAGAAGGAAGCUGCCGCUCCCCCCAAGGCCCAGAAGAAGGUUUCUGCUGAAGAGGAGGAGGCCAACCUGAGUCCUAACCAAUACUUUGAGAUUCGAAGCAAGAAGGUGGCAAAGUGGAAGCAAACCAUGAACCCCAACCCUUAUCCCCACAAGUUCCAGGUCACCAACGAUCUGCGCGAGUUCCUCAAGGAAUACGAGGGCCUCAAGAAAGGCGAGCAGAAGCCCGAUAUUCCUGUCCGCAUUGCUGGUCGUGUCUACACCAAGCGAGCCUCCGGUCCUAAGCUGAUCUUCUACGACAUUCGUGCCGAGGGCAAGAAAGUUCAGGUAAUGUGCCAGGCUCAAAACGCCAGUGGCGAUGUACCAUUUGAGGAGCAGCACGAACAUCUCCGCCGAGGAGACAUCGUCGGAAUUGUUGGUUUCCCAGGUCGCACUUCUCCCAAGAACCGUGAUGAUGGUGAGCUGUCCAUCUUCGCCACCGAGGUCGUCCUCUUGGCCCCUUGUCUACACGCCAUCCCCUCCGAGCAUUACGGGUUCCAGGACAAGGAGCUGCGCUUCCGUCAGCGCUAUUUGGAUCUUAUCAUGAACGACCGCAGCCGCGAGAUCUUCCGCACCCGCGCCAAGAUUGUCAGCUACGUCCGUAACUUCUUGGACACCCGUGACUUCACCGAAGUCGAGACUCCCAUGAUGAACCAAAUUGCUGGCGGAGCCACCGCGAGGCCCUUUGAGACAUACCACAAUGAUCUCCGUGAAAAGAUGUACAUGCGUAUUGCUCCUGAGCUGUACCUGAAGAUGCUUAUUGUGGGCGGCCUCGAGCGUGUCUAUGAAAUGGGCCGUCAGUUCCGUAAUGAGGGCAUUGACCUUACCCACAACCCGGAAUUCACCACCUGCGAGUUCUACUGGGCUUAUGCCGAUUACAAGGAUGUGAUGGAUAUGACUGAGGAGCUUGUCUCAGGCCUGGUCAAGAACAUUACAGGUGGCUAUGAGACCAAGUUCCACACUCAGACUGGUGAAGAGUACAACAUCAACUGGAAGGCCCCCUGGCGUCGGAUUGAAAUGAUCCCUGGCCUGGAAGAGGCUACCGGCGAGACUUUCCCUCCUUCCGACCAGCUCCACACUGCCAAGACUGGCGAGUUCCUCAAGAAGGUCCUGAAGAAGAUGAAUGUGGAGUGCUCGCCACCCUUGACCAACGCCCGCAUGUUGGACAAGUUGGUUGGUGAGUUCCUUGAGAGCACUUGCAUCAACCCGACUUUCAUCAUGGGCCACCCCGAAAUGAUGUCCCCCUUGGCCAAAUAUCACCGCAGCAAGCCUGGUCUCUGUGAACGCUUUGAAGCUUUCGUUGCCACAAAGGAAAUUUGCAAUGCGUAUACCGAGCUCAACGAUCCAUUUUCGCAGCGUGAGCGCUUUGAAGAACAGGCUCGUCAAAAGGAGCAGGGUGAUGAUGAGGCCCAGCUCGUCGAUGAGAACUUCUGCACAUCUCUCGAGUACGGGUUGCCCCCGACUGGUGGCUGGGGUAUGGGAAUUGACCGCCUGGUGAUGUUCCUCACCAACAAUUACAGCAUCAAGGAGGUGCUUGCAUUCCCCAUGAUGAAGGAGGACAAGACUGCGGAGCACGGAAAGUCUGUCCUGGAUGCUGCAGCUAGUGCGCCCCAGCCUGAGGAGGGCAACCCCAACUAA